AUGAGAUCAAAUACGUGUGUUUUGGAACAACAUGAUUCUGAAUGUAUAAAUCUAAUAUUGUUGGUUAAUGCAACUUCAUUUACCAAACAACAACAACAACAACAUAAUUUUAAUUAUCAACGUCUUCAGCAUAGAAUAACUCCACCACCACCUCCAUCUUCUCCUUUAUUACCAAAAAAAGAAUUCAAUUCAAUAGAUUUAUCAAUUUUAGAUAAACAACUUUAUUUGGAUAAUAAUAAUAAUAAUAAUAAUAAUACUAUUAAUAAUAAUACUAAUAAUAUUAAAAAAGAUAAUAAUGAUUGUGAUGAUGAUGAUGAUAGUAAAUCGGAUAAAAAUAGCGAUGAUGAUACAAAUGAUAGUGAUGUAAAUAGUAAUAAUAAUAAUGGAAACCACCAGAAAAAAAAGAUUAAUAAAAAAUUAAAAAAAGACGGAACCAACCAUUUGAAAAGAUUUAAAAAAUUAAAUCAUAUCAAAAAAAAAUUAAUCAAUAUAAAUUCAAUUUUGGUUUCAAAUGUAUCACCAAUUAAUCAAUAA